GUCAGAGAUAGCAGGCAAUGAUGUCGGCAGAAGACCUUUAGCAAGCCAUUUGGCUAAGGAGUGUGAAACCAGAUGAUUGGUGCAUGCCAGCCAGACCAAGGAAACAAUUAUUUCAGCCUUGGUUGCAGCCACAGCUCAGACCAGUCUAUACCCAGUUUAAUGUUGGUGAUGUACAGCCUGCUGAGACGGGACAGUCCACAUUUUUUUCAAAGGACCUGAGAAAUCUGACUGGAGUUAAGGAAAUUGGAACUGGAGGCCAAACAUUUUGAACUGGAAUCAGGAGAGAGACUGUGCCUGGAAGCCCGAUGUCUGAAGGGUGAAGAAAGCCAGCGUCUGCUCGAAUUGGAAACCAAACAUGUUGAACUGGAAUCAGCAGCGAGGCUGAGGUGUUUAGAAGCUGAGGACAAGAGACAGCACCAUCAUGAAAUGGAGCUUCAAACCCUUUGAGAGGAUCAUGGAUAUAAUACGGAAAGGAAUAAUCAGACCCCAGAAGCUGAAAAGGCUUAUAUGAAUCCAAUAGCUAUGGCAAGGGCACGGGGCCCUGCUCCAUCUUCGGGGCCCUCCAUUCAGGACUAUUUGAGUAGACCAAGGCCCACUUGGGAAGAAGUAAAAGAGCAGCUGGAGAAGAAAAAGAAAGGCUCAAGGAUAUUGGCUGAAUUUGAAGAUAAGAUGAAUAAGAGAUGGAAGAAAGAACUGGAGAAACAAAGGGAAAAAAAGCUUGGAGAAGAAAGUUCUUCAAAAAAGGAGAAGAAAAGAAAGCUAAAGAAGAAAUUAAACAGGUCAUCUUCAUCUUCCUCCUCUUCUUCAACUUCUGAUUCUUCCAGCAGUUCAACUGACUCCGAUAAAGAGGAAGAAAAGAAACAGGUGAAGAAAAAGAAAAGGAAGCAUAGCUCCAUACAUAAAUCCUCUGAAGAGUCGUCAUCUGAUUCAGAGUCUGAUGAAAAGGAUAGCGCAAGGAAGAAGAAAAAGAAAUCUAAAGAAGAUACAAACAAAGGAAAGGUCUGAACAGUUUUCAUAUGC